AAUAUAUUAUUUGUAGUGUAUACGUAUCUAUUUGUCUUGUGCGCAUACGUCACGUAAAGCGAGCGGCGGGGGGCAGUCGCCGACAAGCCGUCUCAGAGUGUGUACGUGUGGUGGUGCGCUGUCAAGCCAAGUCUUUACUAGCUUAUCGAGUGACAGUACAAGUGGCGACGAGGAUAAAGGUUUGCCCAAAAUGAGUCACGACGGUAUAGCCUUAAAUAUGAAGAUGGAAAACUUCGACUGUGAGGGUGAUUCAAGCUCAGUAAGCGUUAGAUGGGAACGAUGGAAACGAGCUCUCAAUAUAUACUUGCAAGCAUCUGGAACCGUCCAGAACGAAAAAAAAAAGGCAGCCUUGCUACAUUUUGGUGGGCUCGACCUACAGGAAAUAUUCUACAACCUCCCGGGGGCUGAUGUUGAACCAUCGGAGGGUACUGACGUAUUCAAAAUUGCAAUAAGCAAACUAGACGCGUACUUUGCACCGAAGCAGUGUACACUAUAUGAGCGUCACGUAUUCAGACUUAUUCAACAGGAGCCCACUGAAAAAUUCGAGAAAUUCGUACUGCGGCUCAGACAACAAGCUGAUAAAUGCGAAUUUAAAAAUAAAGAGGAGCACAUUGUGGACCAAGUUAUCGAGAAAUGCUUCUCGAAUGAACUAAGAAGAAAAAUUCUUAAAAUAGGAGAUGAGAUGACUUUGGAUCGUGCUAUAAAUGAAGCUAAUGCCCUCGAAACUGUAAAUAAACAAAUGGAAGAAUUUGAGAAAGGGAAAACCCCUGAACAGACAAUUAAUAAAGUAGAUACAAAAGAAAAACCUUGGAAAAAUUAUAGAGGCAGUAGGUGCGGGAGAUGUGGAAACUAUAGGCACUCUUCAAACUCCGAUAAAUGUCCUGCAAGGGAUAAAGAUUGCUUAAAAUGUGGACUUCGAGGACAUUUUAGACAAUGGUGUAAAACUAAAAGCAACCUUAAAAGGAACAAUACAGAAAAUACUUCCAAUAAGCCGAACCCGAAAAAACCUAGACUACAAACAAAAUCUAAUACUGAAGUUAAUCAAAUAGAAGAUGACAGUAAUGAUGAUCAAAAUGGAUAUAAUUAUGUUUUUCACAUAGACGAAGACCUACAAAUUGACUGUGUAAUUGGUGGAAUCAAAACGAAGAUGAUCAUAGACUCGGGUUGCAAACAUAACUUGAUAACUGGAGAAACUUGGGAAGUGAUGAAGAGACGGAAAGUGGCAGUAUCUAAUCAGAUCGCUAAACCAGGUAUUAGAUUUGUAGCAUACGGAAGUAAUAAACCUUUAGAAGUUAAGGGAUGUUUCAACGCAACACUACAAGUAGAGGACAAACAAGAAAAUGCAACAUUCUUUGUUAUAGCAAAUGGAACGAGAAAUCUUUUAGGAAAACAAACAGCAAUGUCAUUAGGCAUAUUAAAAAUUGGAUUAAAUUUAGGAGUUAAUCAGGUGAAUGAAGAGGAAAGAACAACAUUCCCAAAAUUUAAAGAUGUACUGGUUUCAGUACACAUAGAUGACUCAGUACCAGCUGUUUCACAACCCUACAGGAGGAUACCCAUACCCUUAGAAGCAAAAGUAGAAACCAAAUUGCAGGAACUUAUAGACAAGGAUAUUAUAGAGGAAGUACCUGGAUCUUCAAAAUGGGUCUCACCUAUUGUUCCCAUUCUCAAAGACAAUGGGGACAUCCGUCUAUGUGUUGACAUGCGAAGGGCUAACACUGCUAUUCUCAGAGAAAACCACCCAUUACCGACCAUGGACCAGUUGCUGCCUAAAAUGAGGGAUGCCAAAUAUUUUACGAAAUUAGACAUUAAAGACGCCUUCCAUCAAGUUGAAUUGCACCCAGAUUCUCGACACAUAACCACAUUCAUCACCAGUAAAGGCCUCUUUCGAUAUAAGCGGUUGAUGUUUGGGAUCUCAUGUGCUCCAGAAAUUUUUCAAAAAGUUUUAGAACGAAUGCUACUUGGUUGUGAUGGAGUAUUUAACUUCAUUGAUGACAUUUUAAUAUUUGGAAGAGAUUUGGAGGAACACGAUAAACGUUUAAAAAAGGUGAUGGAAGUGUUAAAAGAAAAUAAUGUGGUUUUGAAAAAAGAAAAGUGUUUACACAGAGUAAAGAAGGUGAGUUUUUUAGGACAUGAACUUUCAGAUGCGGGUGUUCGACCACUGCAAAAAUACGUCACCACAGUUCAAGAGUUCAGGCCACCAGUAAAUGUAAGUGAACUGCAAAGCUUUCUGGGUUUAAUAAACUACGUAGGAAAAUGGAUACCUAACCUCGCGACAGUUACUGAACCAUUUAAAGUACUACUUCGUAAUAAAAACGCAAAGACGUCAGAUAUUCAAAAAGAUUGGGGCUCGAAACAAGAGGAAGCAUUCGAAUAUUUGAAAUCAACCCUGUCCAAUAUUCCUAACUUAGGAUACUACAACGUAAAUGAUAAAACAAUUGUCAUUGCUGAUGCCAGCCCAGUCGGCCUCGGAGCAGUAUUGAUACAGGUAAAUGAUAGGGGGCCGAGAAUUAUCGCGUAUGGGCACAAGACGUUAACGGACUGUGAACGCAGGUACUGCCAAACCGAGAAGGAAGCGCUUGCCUUGGUUUGGGCAGUGGAACACUUUCAUAUUUUCUUAUAUGGUAAGGAUUUCGAACUGAUAACAGACCAUAAACCUCUAGAAGUAAUUUUUGGCCCAAAGUCCAAGCCGUGCGCGAGAAUUGAAAGAUGGAUUCUUCGGCUCCAGUCAUAUAGAUACAAAGUAGUAUAUAAACCCGGAAAGACAAACAUCGCGGACCCAUUAUCUAGGCUUCUUAAAUUACCCACAAUUUUACCGACAACAAAAGAAGAUCACAUUCACCAAAUUGUUGAAUACACUCGACCCGUUGCGGUAUCAAUGAGGGAACUUUUACAUUAUUCUAGAGAGGAUAAUGAGAUAAAGAGUGUAAAAGAAGCUAUUUACAAUAACAAGUGGGGCGAUGAAGCAAAAUCGUUUAAAGUAUUCCAAAGUGAACUCUGUUUUUAUGAAGGACUUCUACUGAGAGGCACGAGGAUCGUUAUUCCCAAAGAAUUGCGUGAAAGGGUAUUGAACGCUGCACACGAAGGCCAUCCUGGCAUAGUGGCAAUGAAAGCCCGAAUGAGAACCAAAGUAUGGUGGCCAGCGUGCGACAAGGAUGCCGAAAAUUUCGUUAAAGCUUGUCGAGGGUGUACUUUAGUUUCCGCUCCAAACCCACCAAACCCUAUGAAGAGAAGAGAGAUACCGGAGGAUGCAUGGAUGGAUGUUGCUAUUGACCUAAUGGGACCUCUCCCAAGCGGCGAUUAUUUGCUAGUUGUAGUGGAUUAUUUCAGUAGGUACAAAGAAAUAAAAAUAUGUCGGAAAAUCACUAGUACUGAAAUAAUCGGAAUACUCAAAGAAAUAUUCAGCCGAUUAGGAAAUCCUCUCACUAUAACUGCUGAUAACGGUAGGCAAUUUUGUAGUGAGGAAUUCAAAUCAUUCUGUAAGGAACAGAACAUUACCCUCUUCAAUACUAUUCCCUACUGGCCACAACAGAAUGGCGAGGUAGAACGCCAGAACCGCGAUAUUCUUAAGCGACUAAAAAUAAGUCAAGCCGAAAAAACGAACUGGAGGGAGAGCUUAUACGAUUACUUAGUGAUGUACAACAGUACACCACACUCGGUUACGGGAAAGACGCCCUCGGAGUUAUUUUUUAAGCGGAAAUUCAGAGAUAAGAUUCCAAUGGCAGGUGAUAUGGGGUUAGAACCUUAUGAAACAGAAAGCGAAAUGAAAGACAGAGAUAAAAUAAUGAAGGAAAAAGGAAAGGAAUAUGGAGACAGAAAGAGAAAGGCAACAGAAUGUGAUUUGGAACCUGGUGAUAAAGUUUAUAUAAAAAACAUGAUCAAAGAUAACAAGCUUAGCCUUAACUUCGACACAACUAGCCAUACAGUAGAAAAAGCAGUUGGGGGCGAUAUUCAAGUUCGAAAUGACAAAACAGGGCAAAGUUACAGAAGGAAUGUGGUACAUUUAAAAAAGAUCCAAGGACAGUGGAAAGUGAUAGACAGUGACAAAGGUGAAGACAAUAGUCGGGACUCUGGAGAAGGAAACGAUUCGAUUGAUGCUACCGAGUAGUAAACAAGAGGUGUUAUUAUUUAUCAUAGAUGUUGUUGAUUAUUUACCUGAAUUUUGAUUGGUGAAAUGUAGAAUCGUCUCAUCGAUAACUGUAGUUUUAUUUAAACUAAAAUAUAUUUUAGUUAAGGAGGGGAUGUAGUGUAUACGUAUCUAUUUGUCUUGUGCGCAUACGUCACGUAAAGCGAGCGGCGGGGGGCAGUCGCCGACAAGCCGUCUCAGAGUGUGUACGUGUGGUGGUGCGCUGUCAAGCCAAGUCUUUACUAGCUUAUCGAGUGACAGUACAUUAU